AGAGAAGUCCACCCAACACCGCCCAUUUCAGUCAUCAGACUCGCUCCAAAAUCAGAAAAGAUGUUUGUGAAAGCUGGCUUUGCCGCUAUCUUUGCCGCCGUCGCUGUGACGUCGUCACUUUUGGGCACAUCCCUGGCCUGUCAGGACCCGGUAACGUCUUUCUCUGGAAGACGGACGAUCCGAGGGAACGGCGGCGAUGGCACUCUCCUGCGAGACCAACACUCCUCGGCCGACAACGCCGACAAAGUCUGGUACCUGCCGACAACCACCGGCAACACCAUCGAAGAGUACCGCACGAUGGACGACUUCGUCGCGGGAAACGUCCUGACCACCUACCGCCUACCUGGGUCGGGAGGCAGCGGUGGGAUGGCGUGGUGGGGGCAGGGCCAUGUCGUCUACAACAACGCCCUCUACUAUCAACGAUUCCCCGAUUGCCUGUCGUAUAAUUAUGACUGUACUAGCAAUGAAAAAGCACAGAUAGUCAAGUACGACUUUAACCUUAGGGCUUUCGUGGCGCUUCAGUCCCUCCCCACCGCUCAACUCUCCCACUGGGCGGCGGGCCCGUCUUAUGUCUACCUCGCCGUCGAUGCGGGUAGCGUGUGGGCUAUCGGUCGUAACAACGGUGUCUACCAGCUGACCAAACUAAACGCUAACGAUCUUAGCAUAGAAGAGACCAUAGAUACAGAGUUUGCUGACCCGUCUGCAAACGUUAACAUGCCCCCGUUCAUCGCUUGCGGCAAAUUCUACAGCACUAGGUAUGAUCGCCCAGGGCAGUUCAGCCCAAUAGGGUCACGGACAAUCCUCAUUCUCGAUCUAACCACGAAGCAGAAAGACACGUCCACGCAGGCGUGGUACUGCUUGCCUCUUGAAGGUAGACGCUACUUCUCGAUCAACUCUCGCGAGAACAAAGUGUACACAGUCGAGUCGAAUGCUCUGGUCAGUUAUGACGUAACCCUCGGCGGAUCAUACUUGACCGACCCCUCCAUGUUGUGUGCCGCUUAAUACAUGCACGUGGGUAUUGUAUGAGCUCUUCUACAAGACCUAAUAAGACAGCAAACAUGGCUGGGAUUGUGCCAAUAUCAAUAAUUAUUUCAUAAUUGUUUUUCUCCAUUAGCAUCUAUAUUGCUGUACUUACAGUGACAAUACAAGACUGACAACAAAAUGGUAUGACUAAAAGGAAGAAAUGCUAUGCAAAGUUUUGUCAACUUCAAAGUUUAUUUCUCUGUCUACAAUUAAAGAUUACGUUGAUGUUAAA